CCUAAGGCCCCGAGCUUGGAGCUGGGAACUGCCCCGCGGAAGCUUCCGAGCAAUCUCUGGCGCGUGGGGACGGUUGGAAUCUCCUUUAGCCAAGGUCAAGCUUUGCAACAAGCCUUUGUUCUUCUGCCCAGAUGUCCAGGCCACUGCUGCCUUUGGUCUUCAAGAACAGGAAUUACAACAAAAACAUCCGGGACCCCAUAGACAACAGCUCGUCAGUCGCUGAAGAAAAACAAGAGAAACAUGGGAAAAAAGACAAAGCGCCUGCGAUUGUCCCCGACCCCUCAGCCAAUCCUUUCCACAUGUCCGGGGACUUGGAUUUCUUCGUGAUCAGAGAACAGGAGUGGAAUAAAACUCACGCAGAGCGGGAGCAGAAGAGGAAGUUGGGGGUGCACCAGAAGAUGACCUACUCCUCCAAAGUGUCGGCCAAGUUCACCGGCCUGCGGCGCGAGCUGCAGCUGCAGGACGAGAUGGAGGAGCGAGAGGUGCGCGCCGAGGCAGAGCAGCUGAGCAGCUCCCGUGAAAGAGCUGCCUGGAUGCUCUCCAUGACCAAAGAAAAGAGCAUAGAAACCGAGAGCAUGAACGACUACAUCAAAGAGAAGCGGCAGGCCUUCCUCCUCCAGUAUGCCGUGGAUAUGAAGCAGUCCGAGAUCCAGCGGCUGGAGGUGCUGGCAUCCAAGGAAGAGGCGCAGCUGCAGCGGGCCGAGAAGGCCCUAGAGAAGGAUGCGGCCCUCUUCGAUGAGUUCCUCAGAGAAAAUGACCGCAGCUCCGUGCAGGCGAUGAGAGUGGCUGAGAAGGAGACCAAAGCCAAGAUGGAGAAAAUCUCUGAGAUCCGAGAUCUCACCACCCAGAUCAUGAAUAUCAAAAGCGAAAUCUCCAAAUUUGAAGACAAUCUGCAGCAUUACAAGAUCUACAAGGAUUUCCUAUACAAGCUGUCACCCAAGGAGUGGCUGGAAGAACAUGAGAAGAAGCGUCUGGCUCUGAAAAAGGCCAAGGAGACCUCUGGGGACAGCCAAGAGAGCUCUGUGCCCUCUGCACCAGGGGACAAAGGAACAAACACGAAGAGCAAGAUCACCCGAGAGUGGCCAAACCCAAAGAAGUUCCUAAAAUAUCAGGGGGUACGGAUGGGGCAGGUCGUGGUCAGCAUCAGCAGCGGCCAGCAAGGCAGCCAGGGCAGCCAGAGCAGCCAGAGCAGCCGGAGCAGGCAGGGCAGCCGGGGCAGCAUGCCCAGCAGGCUGGACCUCGACAGGUCCAACUCUGCCCCGUCGGUGCAGGACGACCAGGACAGCGAGGAGGAGGAGCUGGCGCUGUACUUCACGGAGCCCCAGCAGCUUCUGGACAUCUUCCUGAAGCUGGAGGAGCAGAACCUCUCGCUGAUCCAGAACACCCAGGAGAUGGAAGAGACGCUGGAAGAGCUGAAAUUCACCCUGAGAAACACCCAGAAUCGCAUGGACAGGGAGGUCCAGCAGCUGAAGCAGUGGAUCAACACGCUGAUGAUGUCCAUUGCCAAGGAGGAGGAGACAGCUGCCGACCUGGAGCUCAAAUCCCGAGUCUUUCACUUUGGCGAGUACAAGGGUGGUCAGGAGGACAAGCUGCUGGAGAGCCUGAACCAGAAGGUGCUGUCAGUGUACCGGCAGUGCAUAGGCGCCCAGCAGGACUCCAACCUGGGCACGGUGCAGAUGCUGACCAUCAUUGAGCACCAGCUGCAUGAGCUGCUCGAGAACCUGGAGCGCAUGCCCCAGCACAAGGUGGAGGAGUUCGAGAGGGCCAAGGAGAAGGAACGGCGCAAAAAAAUCCGGGAAGAGAAGAUGAAGCUGCAGAAGGUGCUGCAGGAGGAGCGUCUGCAGCGGGCCCGGGCCCGCGUCCAGGCUGAGAUCAAGAAAAAGAGAGGCAGAAAGCUGGUGUGUCGCUCUCGGCCUCCAGUCAUGAAAAUCAAGGAGAAGGCUGAGCCCGCAACGAUGGACAAGGAAGAGGAGGAGCAGCUGUUUUUCUUCACUUAGUCCUGGCGGCGCUGGCCUGGCUAACAGCACAGGGGACGGAGGCAGGGAGCGGGGACGGGGCUGG